UACAACAAAUAUACCAAUAACGACCUAUGAGGCUACAACUAACCCACCAUCAACAUCAUCUGAGAGUACAACAAAUAUACCAAUAACAACCCACCAUACUACAACAAAUAUACCAAUAACGACCUAUGAGGCUACAACUAAUCCACCAUCAACAUCAUCUGAGAGUACAACAAAUAUACCAAUAACGACCUAUGAGGCUACAACUAAUCCACCAUCAACAUCAUCUGAGAGUACAACAAAUAUACCAAUAACGACCUAUGAGGCUACAACUAAUCCACCAUCAACAUCAUCUGAGAGUACAACAAAUAUACCAAUAACAACCCACCAUUCUACAACAAAUAUACCAAUAACGACCUAUAUGGCUACAACUAAUCCACCAUCAACAUCAUCUGAGAGUACAACAAAUAUACCAAUAACAACCCACCAUUCUACAACAAAUAUACCAAUAACGACCUAUAUGGCUACAACUAAUCCACCAUCAACAUCAUCUGAGAGUACAACAAAUAUACCAAUAACAACCCACCAUUCUACAACAAAUAUACCAAUAACGACCUAUAUGGCUACAACUAAUCCACCAUCAACAUCAUCUGUGAGUACAACAAAUAUACCAAUAACAACCCACCAUUCUACAACAAAUAUACCAAUAACAACCCACCAUACUACAACAAAUAUACCAAAAACGACCUAUAUGGCUACAACUAACCCACCAUCAACAUCAUCUGAGAGUACAACAAAUAUACCAAUAACAACCCACCAUUCUACAACAAAUAUACCAAAAACGACCUAUAUGGCUACAACUAACCCACCAUCAACAUCAUCUGAGAGUACAACAAAUAUACCAAUAACAACCCACCAUUCUACAACAAAUAUACCAAUAACGACCAAUGAGGCUACAACUAAUCCACCUUCAACAUCAUCUGAGAGUACAACAAAUAUACCAAUAACAACCCACCAUUCUACAACAAAUAUACCAAUAACGACCUAUGAGGCUACAACUAAUCCACCUUCAACAUCAUCUCAGAGUACAACAAAUAUACCAAUAACAACCCGCCAUACUACAACAAAUAUACCAAUAACAACCCACCAUACUACAACAAAUAUACCAAUAAAGACAUAUGAGGCUACUACUUCAUCUGUGAGUACAACCGACUUAUCAAUAACAACCUAUCAUAAUUCUACCAUCCUAAUUAAUACGUUAAAGACCUUUGAGACUGAAGCUUUUCCAGCCGUAACUUCCACACGUAGCCCUAUCACCACGUAUGGAAGAACACAAGCACAUGCUGUAACCGAAUUUGGUAGCGUCUGUGUUGACACUACAACACUACCUGCGGGAAAUGAAGCUCUUACCAACUGGACCGACUGUUAUGAUGUUCAACAAAGUGGUGUUACACAGAAUGGUGUAUACCUCAUUGACCUUUCUGGUUCCAAUGCAUUUGAAGCUUAUUGUGAUUUUAGCACCACGCCUGGCGGUUGGACAGUAUUCCAGAGACGCCAGGAUGGCAGUGUAGAUUUCUACCGUGCAUGGUGCUUCUACAAAGCAGGAUUUGGAAAUCUGAAUACGGAAUUCUGGUUGGGUAAUGAUAAUCUGUAUCAGAUGACUAACCAUGGCGUUCAGUAUGAACUAAGAAUUGACUUGGAAGACUAUGAAGGUGAAAGAAGAUAUGCAUUAUACAAUAAUUUUAAAAUAAACGACGAAUCUGAUUAUUACAGACUGUCAUCUUUGGGAACCUACAGUGGCGACGCAGGUGAUAGUAUGGUGGAACGUCAUUUAAAUUCACCAUUCAGCACACUCGACGUUGGUAACCAGUGUGCUGAGUGGUUUCAUGGAGCAUGGUGGUAUGGUAUGUGUCAUCGGGCUAAUCUUAAUGGUGACUAUGGGAAUAACCAACACGCGAUGGGAUUGAAUUGGUGGACCUGGAAAGGAUAUGAAUACUCUUUGAAAUUCACAGAAAUGAAAAUUCGACCUGUAUUCUAA